AUAGGAUUGUCUUCGCAGCGAUGAUAUUAGUUUUAACGUUAAGCUUAGGAAGAAAUCUGUGUAAGUAGCCUAGUCAUACUCUGUAUCAUUUCAUUUCGAUAAUCAUCCAUAGUUACUGAAGAAAAUGGCAACCAUCUCCGCUGCUAUCACAACCCCAUCGAUCACCCGCGCAUGUCUAGUGCAAAAACGUUCUCUUGGGUUCUCAUCUCCCGUUCUUGGUUUGCCAGCAAUGGGUAAGGUGGGAAGAGUGAGUUGCUCCAUGGAGGAAAAGCCUUCUUCUGUGAAGGAAAGCAGCUCAAGCAUGUUGGGGAUGGGGGCAUCUUUGAUGGCAGCGGCCAGCGCCGCAGCCAUGUCAGGCCCAGCCAUGGCCUUGGUGGAUGAGAGACUUAGCACUGAAGGAACCGGGCUACCCUUCGGCCUCAGCAACAACCUUCUCGGUUGGAUCCUGUUCGGCGUCUUCGGACUCAUCUGGGCUCUCUAUUUUGUCUACACUUCCUCUCUUGAAGAGGAUGAAGAGUCAGGACUGUCCCUUUAAAAUAUCCUGGGUUGUAGGGUGGGUGAUGAUGAUGAUGAUGGAUUGUAGAAAUCGCAAAGAGUCCACUCAUCUUCUGUGUUGUUAAAAAAAAAACCAGUGUGGUUAAUUUCCUCUUCUUUCUUUCAACUCCCAAUCUUCUUUGCUUCUA